UGGAAGCGACGGACACCAGUUAGUUGAUAUUCCGCGUUCGUCCAACGUUCAUCUACGUUUCGUACCCGUCAUCGUUCCACGUGCCGUUUCCAGUUAGAACAUGAAUUUCCCUCGCAAUUUGGUAUUUCUGACUUGUAUCGUCUUGCUGUUUCACCCUGAUAUACUCCCUGUAUCAGCCGCUGAACCCAUUAGUGUAUUUUCAUUCAUUCACGACCUGAUUCAGUAUAACGUAGCGGGGAUACCGAUCAUCCAUGAGCGGACAGAGUGGGAUUUUGAUCCGGAAGUCGGAAAACAGAGAAGAGUCAAAUACGAGCAGGAAAACGGUCGUCAUGGAGAGAUUGCCAUUGAGAAGAUCGGCAUGGGUAUCGGGUACAAAGGACCAUGGGGAACGCCUACGUGAAUGCUGAUCGGUGACAAAAUCAAUAAACUGUAAAAAGAAAAAAUGUAUAUUAAAAAAUUAAUCGACUAAGUGGAAGGCUGUAUUGCUGGCUAGUAUUUGAAAAA